CACUCCUCUUGUUAAGCGAACGUUUUCGUCGAAGCUGUUUCCCGUGUACUUGCUAGUACAUCUGUGUGAUAUUUCAUUAUUUGUUUCGUAGAUUUUCAUUUCGAAUGCCUUUAUUUUCAAGCCUUGCCAUGUAGAAGUUUUACGGGGAUAAAGAAAACGCUAGAAUGAAUCACAUAUGUGAGCUGUUCGAGAAGCUCAAACUUGAUGUUGGAAAAACGAAAAAACUCGAUUUGGGAGUUGUCGAUUCCAUAUUCAGCGCACUACAAAAAAAGAACGAGAGGUUUGAUGAGGCAGCAAUUAAACGUAUCCUUGACAAUGUCGUCGCAUUGCUGGAAGUUGAUGAACCUGAAGGCAAAGCAAAGGUGUUAAUGCUUAUUGCUGAGAUUGCAAAAUCAGAAGAAACAAGAGUUCCUUGUGUAAAUGCAGGAUUGAUAACUAGCAUUUUAUCAAAUCUUGAAAGUGAUGAUCCAAAUAUUUUACUACAAGCUUUAAGAGCUCUUGGAAAUAUCAGUGCUGAAAAUGAACAAGCAAAGGCUACUUUGCUGGAAAACAAAGGAGCAGAGAAGAUUGUAAAGAAGCUAGGAGUUCUCGAGAAAAGCUUUGAUGAGAAGAGUGACAACAGACUUGAGUUGGCGGCAUGUGGAUCCAUGCUUAAUGUAGCAAGUGACAAUGAAGCACUAACAGCAGAAGCAGUUUCAUUUGGGGCAGUGCCAUUUUUAUUGAGCUUUAUUAAACAGAGUCUCCAUUGCAACCCAGCUCUCUGUCAGAUGGCACUAUCAGCUGUGUCUGUGCUCAUAUGUUCAGAGAAAGGAAAAGAGAGCUUUACAGAGAGUGAGGGCGUGGCUACUUUAUCAAAGGUGAUGCAAGAGUCUGAUGAUGAUGAAUUGGUUGACUCUGUGCUUGAAAUAUUCACUUCUCUCAUCACAGAUGACAAUGUGAAGAAGGUGCUGGUCCAAGAAGGAUUUGCAGAACAGUUGGCUAAUGUGGUGUCAACUUGCAAAGAUGCAACAGGAGAUGAGAUUUUGAAGCAAAGAACACAGUCUGCAGCUGACAUGAUAGUGAUGCUGCUUACUGAAGAUGAUAGUAUGAAAGGACUCUUCAGUGAUGGCAAUGGUUCUGUCUAUAAGACCUGUGUGUCUUGGCUUUCCUCAGGGGAUGAGCAUUUGCAAAUUUCUGGUUGCCUUGCUAUUGGAAACUUUGGACGAACAGAUGAAAAUUGUAUCAAACUUGUGGAACAAGGAGUCCAUGAAAAAUUACUAAAUUUGCUAGCACGGAGUUCUCACAGAGAGAACAUGGGAAGACAGCUACAAGCUGUUUUUAGUGCGCUAAAGAAUCUUGCAAUGCCAGCUGUGAACAAGUCUAAACUCGUUGAUAGUGGCUGCCUGGAUGUAAUUUUGCCUCUUCUCACGAACCAGUCCCCUUUCGUCCAGUUCAAAGUUCUUGGCACAUUGCGCAUGCUCUUGAUGGGACACGCUGAAGCGGCCAAUAAGAUCAUUUGCAGUAAAGACCACCUUAGUACUUUAGUCCGAUGUUGUGACUCCAGUGGUCACGAGGGAGUCAAAGCAGAAGCUAGCAGAAUGUUGGCGAUGAUGGCAAAACAGGCCAGAACGGCAGAGGUGUCACAACAAAUAAUAAAAGGCGGAGGACUGGCUCCUAUCGUAACCAUGGUAACGUCGGAACAUCCCAUCAUGCAGAACGAAGCGCUGAUUGCUUUGGCGGUGAUGUCAACAACUGUGGAUGAAAGCUAUUACCCUAAAUUCAGAGACAGUGGUGUUAUUCAAACGCUGAUGAAACUCAUUAAAACCAAAGAAGUGAAUCCACAGUCAUGCUACAACGCCAUGGCUGUCUUGGAGUCGUUUUCACUUAAAGAAUACUUUCGACGAGAUCUGGAAAUAGCUGGAUUGGGCAAGGCGCUGGACAAUCUCACAGCUCACGAAAACGAGAAUGUAAAGAAGAGGGCUUUAAUCAUUCUGACAAGAAUUAAGGCUCAAAAGUUAGUGGAGCAGGAAUAAGGGACGUUCUGAGAUAAACGUCCUUUAAUUUACGGAACGUGGGGCUUAAACUCAAAGCCUUGGACUGGUGGAUUGGAAUAGAGCGGCAAAAUUCAGCCUGUACUGCUUCGGGCCAGCCAAGAACGCUUAGCUUAGCCAUUCAAAGCUUUAGAAGUGCACCAUAUUUUUUUCGUACCCAGACUUACCACGGCCAAUCAGUUGUAAGAUUUCGGUUUCAGCCACACGGUAGGAACUGGGUACGAGAUUACACCACAUCUAGAUUGUGUGUUUAAUGUGGAGAUCGAACACAGAGGGAAUUUUUAAAAUUUAAAAAAUUGACUUUUUUAACAAUUAAACCUAGUAAGUACCAAUGAAAAAUGUCGUUUUCGAAUAGAUAAAUUUUCUGUCAUACAAGUUCGAUGGAAUAGUUAAAAAAUAAUGAAUAAAAAGCUACGUUUCCUGCUUA